UAUAUCGAUAACGAUACAAAAGUCAGUGAAGCUAAUUUUAUCUUAAAAUUUCGGGUUGUUCGAAAAUAUGGAUAUACCGUAUUCACGUGCUGGUUUAUAAACGAAUCCGAUGUGAACAGGCCAAGGAGCACGACCAGCCCAUUGGUUAGUUAGCACAAACCAUCCCCUCCUCCCGCACUGCUAGCGGCAGUCGCUCUGGCAUCGAUUUUUAUUCGGAGGCGAAUGCUGCGGAAUUUGACCAGACUUUUCCAAUCAAAGUGAACCCAGUCGGAGCAGAGUCGAAGUCAGAAUACGGGCGGACAUGAAAGAUUCCGGACACAUCGCACUCACGCUACCCUCGGGAGCGGUGGCCAGCACAGAUGAGCGGGGACGGAAGAGUCUGCGGCGGGCUUGGAAUCAGCUGCCGCGUUGUCAACGCAACCUCAUUAUACUCGGCGUAACGGCCUUCUGCGUGACCGUCUUGCUCUGCUUAACCGGCGAUCAACUGAUUGCGGCGAGCAUCAAGGAUGUCGAGGAGAAGGCCAUAGCGUCUCCCUACCACAUGCGCCGCGAGCUCCCACUGGCGAAUCCCCACCACCAUCCUGACAAGGAGGAGGAUCUAACGGCUGCCGCUGUUGUCACUCCGGCUGCCGCACUGCCCAACCAAGAGCCCGCUGAUGAUAAGUUUGACGGCGGAAAUGUGGCCUAUGGGGAAGUGAACUCAGCUGAGAAUGUAGUUCGUGUGACAGAUACAGCCGCUGUCGCACUGCCUGUGCUGCAGGACAAGAAGGCGGACAACGAGGACGGCAUAGACAUACUGAACAAUGUGGAGGAGCCCAUCGAGCGUUUGCCCAUUGAGCAGCUGGACGAACGCGAGCAGCUGAACGAAGCUAUACGGAAUCCCUUGCACCUCGGCGGCAUCAGCAUUAAGCGACAUUUGAAGAAGAUUCAACCGCUCUUGGCCAAGGGUCAACACUUCCACGGUGCCACAAAUGAGCGACAAUCGGCGGUGGUGGCUGCCUUCAAGCACUCCUGGGCCGGAUACCAGAAGUACGCCUGGGGCCAUGACAACCUGAAGCCCGUUUCGCAGUUCUCACACGAAUGGUUCGGCCUGGGCCUGACCAUUGUAGAUGCUCUGGACACCAUGUACAUAAUGGGGCUCGAUGAGGAGUUCAAGGAGGCACGUGAUUGGGUGGAUCUUUCCCUGCACUUUGCCACGAAGCGCGAUGUGAAUCUCUUUGAGGUGACAAUACGUGUCUUGGGCGGGCUGCUCUCUGCUUACCACUUGAGCGGUGACACUAUGUUCCUCACCAAGGCGGCGGAAUUGGGCAAUCGCCUGUUGCCGGCCUUCCUCUCGCCCUCGGGCAUUCCCUAUUCGGAUGUGAAUCUCGGCGAUUUGUCUGCGCACUCACCCAAAUGGUCGCCGGACAGCUCCACCAGCGAGAUAACCACCAUCCAAUUGGAGUUUCGUGACCUGAGUAGGUCGACAAAUAUUUCCAUUUACGAGAACGUCGUUAACAAGGUAAACGAGAAGGUACAUGAGCUGGACAAGACCGAUGGACUGGUGCCCAUCUUCAUUAAUGCCAACACGGGCACCUUCCGCAACUAUGCCACCAUUUCGCUGGGUGCGCGUGGCGACUCCUACUACGAGUAUCUGCUCAAGCAGUGGAUUCAGACGGGCCGCAAUGAUAACGACAAUCUCAUUCUGGAUUAUAUGCAGGCCAUUGAUGGAGUGCUGACCAAGCUGAUGCGCCGCACACCGCGUGAGCAUUGGGUGUACAUUGGCGAGCUUAUUAAUGGCAAGGAUUUCAAGCCCAAAAUGGAUCAUCUGACGUGUUAUUUGCCGGGCACGUUGAUACUGGGGCAUCAGAACGGCAUGCCCGACUCUCACCUGAUACUGGCCAGAGAUUUGCUGGACACCUGCUAUCAGACGUACAUGCAGCACCCCACCCAUUUGGCGCCCGAGAUCUCGUACUUUGCACUGACGGACAAGGAGGAGCACGACAUUUACGUGAAGCCAAACGAUGCGCACAAUCUGCUGAGGCCCGAGUUCAUCGAGAGUCUGUAUUACUUCUAUGCGAUCACCGGCAAUCGCACAUAUCAGGACAUGGGCUGGACGAUCUUCCAGGCGUUCGAGACGCACGCCAAAGUGAAUGCGGGCUAUACGUCUCUAGGGAAUGUUAGGAAUGCGCAGAAUACGCGCCUGCGGGAUCUGAUGGAGAGCUUCUGGCUGAGCGAGACAUUGAAGUACUUCUAUCUGCUGUUCAGUGACAACCGCAAGGAGAUCGAUCUGGACCAAUGGGUCUUCAACUCGGAGGGCCAUCCACUGCCAGUCUAUCCGCCUAAGACAUAAGUAGCAUCAAAGCACAAGACUACUAGAAGUUUGCGCAAUCCGAAGCAGCUGUGCAGCAUCCCAACCGAUGGCCGCAUUUAAGCUGCAACAAUCGUAUCGUUUUUAACUCGUACUUUAGCGCAAAUGCCAAAUACUAUGCUAAGAUAUGCAAUGCAAUGAAAUGGGUGGACAGCCAUAGGACCGUGGUCUGGCUGCAGGAUAGAUAAAAUCGAAUACAAGUACAUAAAAUACCAACAUCAAUAUCAGAGCAGUCUACAGUUGAUUCUGUAUUAUAUUAUUUGUACUGAUAACUGUUAUUUCGUAAUAAUUUAUUUCUCUCGUAUAAGCACUUACCACCCCCCACACUACGAUAAUUUGAUACGACUCCAUGCCCAGGGAGCACUCUCAUUAGUUGUAGCACCACGAAUCGAAUCAAUCGGCAGGUCUUACUUUUGUAAUAUUCCCUCACCCCCUGUAGUCGAAUAUGUAUCUAGAUUAGUAGUACGGCACAAAGUCGAUAUUUGUGUUUAAAAUAUGCAGGAAGAAAGUAUCUGUAUGUAAUGUAAGGAUUUUGAAUCUCACAGCAACUCGAAUCCAAAAUGCCCAGAAUAGAACGCAGCAAAAACAAAGCCAAUAUGCAUACCUAUAAUAAAAUGCAAAUUAGUUUUUAAAAUUGUAUGGAAUUUUCUUUAUUUUCCUAAGAACGUUGUCACCCAGUACAAACGUGCAUGAAAUGCAUGAACUUUGAUUGCAUUUCCCUUUCACUUUUCAUUCAUUUAUUUAGCUGGGUUUUUAUUUUUCUUCUCUGUUACUUGUUGCGUUUCGUUUCGUUUUCAGUGAAGUUUUAUGUUGUAUUUUGUUUCCACUUUCGUUAUACCCGCGAUACUCAAAGAGUACUGGGGAUAUAUUAGUUUAGUUUGUUUAUGUACUUAAAUGUUUAUGACGACUAUGAAUGGAUGGGCUUAAUAAACUAUGAAAUAUUAAA